AUGGUAGCUGCAGCUAGCGCUGGCUUGUUGCCCGCUGCUCACGUUGCAUACUCUGCACCUCUUUCUUAUACAAGCCAUGUUGGUUAUGCUGCACCUCUUUCUUACACCUCUCCAGUUACCAAGAUUGCAGCAGUGGCACCCAUCGCCAAAGUUGCUGUUGAAGAAUAUGACGCCAAUCCUCAAUACACCUUUUCUUACGAUGUUCAAGAUGGUCACACUGGUGAUUCUAAAUCCCAGCAUGAAAGCCGUAACGGAGACGUCGUACAAGGCUCAUACUCCGUUGUAGACCCCGAUGGUGUUAAGCGUACUGUAGAAUACACCGCAGAUCCUCAUAACGGUUUCAAUGCCGUUGUACACAGAGAACCUCUUGCCGUGAAAGCCAUUGCCCCAGUAGUCACCAAGGUUGCAGCUCCUGUUGCCUACACCGCCACACCUGUGGUACACUCUGCGCCCAUAGUACAUGCUUCACCCUUCACAUAUUCUGCUCCUUUAUAUCAUCAU